GCCUUUGGGUGUGUUGCUUAUGUUAUUUUCUAUUGGGUUUAAACUUCGAUUAGUGUUAAAAUUACUUCGAUUAUUUGUUUGAUUAGAUUAUUAUUCUUGAUGGUUUGUAAAAGAGAGACCCAUGUCUAGGAAUUACAUAUUUUAAUAUCACGUAUCGAGGCGCUUCGUGUGUACAAUCAAGGAAAUAGAAGAAGCAUAUCAGAUAUGGCCACACUGCAACUUAGAAUACAUAUCGUUGACAAAAAUGUCACAAAAACGAUGGGGUUUGAUCCCUCGACAACAGUAUACGACGCAUGCCGAUUUAUCAGAGAAAAGAUAUCUGAAGCUAAUAUGGGGGAAGCAAAAGAUUAUGGACUUUUCCUAGCAGAUGAAGAUGCUAAAAAAGGAGUAUGGCUGGAACCUGGAAGAGAUUUAGAAUACUAUAUUCUGCGGAGUGGGGAUACUCUAGAAUAUCGAUUAAAAUUGAGAACACUUAAGGUUCGGAUGUUAGAUGGAACUGUGAAGACAAUGCGUGUUGACGACAGCCAGCCCGUUGCAAACCUAAUGGUUGUCAUUUGUACCAAAAUCGGUAUUACGAAUUAUGAUGAAUAUAGCUUAGUAUUUGAGACUCCUGAAGAUGAAUUAGAAAACAAACCAAAUUACGGAACACUCACUUUAAAGAGGAAGAAAGAAGAGAAAGAUAGGGAUGCUAAAAUGGAUCAGCUAAGGAAAAAAAUUAAAACUGAUGAUGAAGUGAAUUGGGUAGACAGCAGCAAAACAUUGAGGGAACAAGGAAUAGGUGAAGGAGAAACAGUAUUGCUGAGAAGAAAAUUUUUUUUCUCCGAUCAAAACAUAGACUCUCGUGAUCCAGUUCAAUUGAAUUUGUUGUACGUCCAGGCUCGAGAUACGAUCCUUAACUCAACUCAUCCUGUCACUCAAGCUUUGGCCUGUGAAUUUGCUGGUCUUCAAGCUCAUAUACAGUUUGGUGACUAUAACGAGUCCAAACACAAGCCUCCAUUCCUCGAUUUAAAAGAGUUUCUUCCACAAUCUUAUGUGAAAGUGAAAGGUAUUGAGAAGAAAAUAUUUCAAGAACAUUCGAAACACGUAGGCAUUUCAGAACUAGAAGCUAAAGUACUAUAUACCAAAACUGCUAGAUCUUUACCAACAUAUGGUGUUACAUUCUUUUUAGUUAAGGAAAAAAUGAAAGGAAAAAACAAACUUGUUCCAAGAUUAUUAGGUGUAACAAAAAGUUCCGUUCUGAGGCUUGAUGAACGUACUAAAGAAAUAAUGAAGACAUAUCCAUUGACCAUGGUUAAAAGAUGGUGUGCAUCUCCAAAUACAUUUACAUUAGAUUUUGGUGAUUAUUCCGAGGAAUAUUACUCUGUUCAAACGACAGAAGGUGAACAGAUAGUCCAGUUGAUAUCAGGAUAUAUUGAUAUUAUAUUGAAAAAACAAAAAGCUAAAGAUCAUUUCGGUAUCGAAGGCGAUGAAGGGUCUACUAUGGUAGAAGAAAGUGUAUCUCCUUUGAAAGCUACAAUCUUACAACACGAAACUAGUAGGGUUGCGAAAGUAAACACUGAAUCUGUGGCGAAACCUGCUGUAAUGCGUGCAGCUGAUGGUGCUAAGCCCUUCGGAACUGGCCACAUGGGAGGUGCGCUAGUAGCUACAGUUGGAGGUCAGGUCAACCUUGCGCAUAGUCCAUCUUCAAUUCAGCAGACCCAGGUUACAAAUAUCUUAUCAGAACCACAGAGAGCUCUAUUGGGUACCAUUACUGCUGGCCAGCAAGUCAUUACCACAGUUGAGAGGGAGCUUUUAACGAAAACUGAAAUACCAGAUCUUGGCAAUGACCCUGCUUCAUUGAAAUGGAAAGAAACUACUGUUGACACAAACAAACAAAAUGUAAGCUCUCAGAUUGCAGCUAUGAAUGCUGCAACUGCUCAAGUAGUCACUCUUACAUCCGGCUCAGUAGAUGAAGUUGAUCAUACAGCAGUGGGAGCUGCGAUUACCACAAUAACAACUGGUCUACCCGAGGUAUCACGUGGCGUUCGCAUGCUUGCGGCUCUCAUCGAUGAAAACAGCGGUGACAAACUUUUGGAUGCAACUCGUAAACUUUGUACAGCAUUCACUGAUCUGCUUAAAGCAGCUGAACCUGCCACAAAGGAGCCACGCCAGAGUCUGUUGAAUGCUGCUUCUCGUGUUGGUGAAGCUUCUUCAAGAGUUCUUACAGAAAUCCACGAAGAGGAUGAAAACCUUAAAGAAGCCCAAGAUACUCUUCUUGGGCUUGGUAAAGCUGUUGCUAAUAAAGCUGCAGCUCUGGUACUUAGAGGAAAAGCAGUUGCUUCAACAUUAAAUCAACCUGAACAAAAUAGAGCCAUAGGUGCUGCUACACAAUGUGCUUUAACUACAUCUCAGUUGGUCGCUUGUGCUAAGGUUGUGGCACCCACCAUACAAAGUCCACCUUGCCAAGAACAGCUGGAAGCAGCGGUCCGAGAAGUAGCUGCUACUGUUGAAUCUCUUGUCACUGUUUGUAAUGAAUCUUGUACAGAUCAAAUUCUCAUGAGCCAGUUGCAGGAAGCUGCAGCUGAUGUCACGGAUACUCUAAAUCUUCUUCUAAAACAUAUUAGGGAAGUUGGAGGAGAAAGGGAAAAGGAAGCAAUAGAGAGCACUUCUGUCGAAAAGAUUCUUAUGACAUCUGAAAGAGUUCUUGAAGCCAGUGGAGACCCUGGAGAAAUGGUCAAACAGGCAAGGCUACUUGGUCAGGCUACUGCUCAGCUGAUUCAGAACAUAAAGGGGGAAGCCGAAUCACAAGAAAAUGGAAGCUUACAAAGAAGACUUCUUGCUGCUGCUAAAUUACUUGCAGAGGCUACAGCACGUAUGGUGGAAGCAGCUAGAACUUGUGCAUCCAACCCUCAUGAUCCAAAGAGUCAGUCCAAUCUUCGUCAAACCGUUGAGGAUUUGCGGGCUGCCACAACACUUGUUGCCACUCCUACUAUCAGGAAGAAACUCAUUUCGAGAUUAGAAACAGCUGCUAGGUCUGCUACUGAUUCAGCAUCCCAGUGUGUUUCUUCUUGUCUUGGAGCUGGAAGGCACAAUUCAAAUCCACAAUCACAAGCCCAGCUUAAGGAUGACUGUGAAGUAGUUCAGAGCCAUAUACCUCAUUUAAUUCAAGCUGUCAAGCAGUCCUCUUCUAAUCCAGAUAACCCAUCUGCACAGCUGAACCUUAUUAAUGCCAGUCAGCAGUUCUUACAGCCUGGUAAUAAGUUGGUUACAUCAGCUCGUUCAAUCAUCCCAACUGUAAAUGAUGGCUCAACUUCACUUCAGCUGAGCAAAUCAAGCCAAGCACUUGGAUCUUCUCUUGCAGAACUCCGUGCAGCUUCUGGAAGAGCUAGAGAUGCAUGUGGUGUUGCAUUGGAAAUGCAAGCUGCCCUAGAGAACAUUCAGUCCAUUCAAGCAGAGGUCAAAGGAAUGACUAAAGGCGGAGUACGCCUAUUACCUGGUGAAACUGCUGAAUCUGCAUGUCGUGAACUAAGUAAUGCAAGUAAAGCGGUUGCAAGGAGCAUCACUUCUCUUGUUAAAGCUUCUACCCAGGGUGAUGAAUCAUAUGCUGCAAGUUCUGCUACGGAAACUGUCAGUGCAUUGUCACAUUUUUCUAAUGCAGCUAGAGCUGUUGGGGCUACCGCAAGCACACCAGCACAUCAGCAAGAGCUAUUUGAUAAAGCAGAAGAAAUAAUGUAUAGAUCCUAUAUUGUAAUUAAAGAAGCUCAACGUACUUUACAUGAACCAGAAAAUUCUGAAAACUUACAACAAGCUGCUAAGAAAGUAACCUUGGCCCUUAGCCAGUGUGUAAGUUUCCUUCCUGGACAGAAAGAUGUUGAUGAAGCCAUUGGUAACAUUGAGUCAUGUUUGAACCAUUUGGAUAGAGGAAAUUUUCCCAAAAGCAAUAAGUCAUAUUCUGAACUGCAAGACUCACUUAAUAAUCGUGCUGAACUUGUUUCUGAAGCUACAUCAAAGGUUGUUCAAACUGCACACUCUUCUGUCAAAUUAGCAUCUUCUGCUCAAGCUUUUGGUACUGCGGUUUCUGACCUGACAAGCGUCGGAAUGGAGAUGGCUGGUCAGACCAAGGAUACUGAAGCACAAGGAAAAAUGGUUCUUUCUUUAAAAAAUGUUACAAUUACUUCAUCAAAAUUGCUUAGUACUGCAAAGUUUGUCUCAAAUGACCCCAAUGCUCCAAAUGCUCAUAGCAAACUAACAACUGCUGCAAGAGCUGUGACAGAAAGUAUUAACUCUUUAGUCGAUGUUUGUACAUCAGCUGCUCCUGGACAAAAAGAUUGUGAUAGCACCAUUAGAAAUAUUGAGAGUAUGAAACCUCUUCUGGAAAAUGUCUCUCAGCCUGUCAAUACUCAAAAUUACUUUGAAUGUUUUGAAACAGUUGUUGAAAGCAGUAAGGCUCUAGGGGAUGGUAUGACUGGUAUUGCGAACCAUGCUCGAAACUCAGAAUAUAAUGAGUUCGGAGACUCUGUUAGGUCAGUUGGAAAAUCUGUAUGUAAUCUAGUGGAAGCGGCGUCACAGGCUGCUUACCUUAUCGGUAUCUCACAGCCAGGAAGUAAGGCUGGCACACCUGGUUUAGUUGACCAGACAUUGUUUUCGAGAGCAUUAAAUGAUAUUCAUUCUGCAUGUACUACACUUUGUAACAAUAAAUCUGGUCGUAACGAGGUUAUGGGUGCAGCAACUGAAAUUGCUAAGCACACUAGUGCUUUGUGUAAUGCUUGUCGUGUGGCUUCAUGUAACACCACCAACACUGGAGCCAAACGCCAGUUUGUUCAAUCUGCUAAAGAUGUUGCCAAUUCCACUGCUAACCUUGUCAAAGAGAUUAAAGCUCUAGAUAUGCAUAACGAUUAUCGUGAUGAAAAUAGAAGAUCAUGUGCUGCAGCAACUCGACCAGUAUUAGAUGCAGUAGAAUCUUUGGUAGCCUAUGCUUCAUCACCAGAAUUUUCUGGAGAGCCUGCAGUUAUCGCUCCAUCAGCUAGAGCAGCACAGGCACCUGUUUUACAAGCUGGCAAAGAUAUAUUACAAGCUUCUGCUUCAAUAUUAAAAACUGCUAAACAUCUAGUAGUUACCCCGAAAGAUCCACCAACUUGGCAACUACUUGCUAAUCAAAGUAAAAGUGCUUCUGAAUCCAUAAAGAAACUGGUUGCUUCCAUUAGGGAUCGGGCUCCAGGACAAGAGGAGUGCGAUGUAGCCCUUGAACGAGUAAAUGAACAAGUACGCCAGCUGGAUCGUGCUGCUAUGACAGCAGUUUCUGGAUCUGGGCUUGUCCCACAGCGAGGUGCGACUCUGCGUAGUUUUGCCGAUACUGCACAUGGGUCUGCAGCUGAAGUGCUUGAAUCAAUUGAGCCUCUUAGAAUAGCUGCUAAAUCAGAAGCUGAAAAUAUAGGACAUGCAGUAAACCGGCUUGUGGCUUAUUUAGAACCUCUUGUCUCAGCAUGCAUUGCAGUUGCUUCUAAUAUGUCACAUAGUAAGCAACAGAUGAUGCUCUUGGAUCAAACUAAGUCGGUUACAGAAGCUGUUCUUCAGUUCCUUCACGUUACAAAGGAAUGUGGUGGAAAUUCAAUGAAUGCCAAAGCUCAACCAGAAGUUGAUGAUUGUGCUGAUGGUUGCCGAGAGACAUUAUCAGAACUUUCUCAUACCCUUCAAGUACUUUCUACUCAAGAAGGUGUUGUUUGUAGCGUUGUUGAUGUUGUGAAUAGAGCAAUGUCUAGACUUGGUGAUCCAACCGCCAGAUCUUCACUUAUUAUUGAUUCAGGCGAUUCCUAUGUCGAUUAUCAGACUAGAAUGGUUUCAUCAGCAAAAGAAAUUGCACGUGUAGCUCAAGAAAUGGUGAUUAAAAGGCAAGGUGGUUCUUUAUCUUCAGAACUUUCUCAGCAUUAUUCAAAACUAGCCACAGAUUGCUCUGGAGCAAGGAUCACAUCAAACAAUCCAGAAGUGGCAUCUCGUCUUACUACUUCCGUUCUUGAUCUUGGAGCUGGUGUGAUCCGUUGUGUUAACGCUGCUGCAGCUUGCCAUGUUGCAGAUGACAUUUCUGUUAGGAGCUUAAGUGAUGCUGGAAGACAUGUUGCAGAGAAGGUUUCAGAAGUUUUGUCAGCAUUGCAAGCUGGUUCUCGUGGAACUCAAGCUUGCAUUAAUGCUGCAAGCACUGUUAGUGGAAUCAUUGGAGAUUUGGAUACAACUAUUAUGUUUGCCACUGCUGGAACUUUGAACGCAGAAACAGAAGGAGAUACCUUUGCUGAUCAUAGAGAAAACAUCCUUAAAACUGCUAAAGCCCUUGUGGAAGACACUAAAACUCUGGUUGCUGGCGCUGCUUCUUCUCAAGAACAGCUUGCAGUUGCUGCCCAGAAUGCUGUUUCUACUAUUAUUCAGCUUGCUGAAGUGGUAAAGUUCGGAGCUGCAUCUUUAGGAAGCAAUAAUCCUGAAGCUCAGGUGAUGCUAAUAAAUGCUGUAAAAGAUGUAGCUUCUGCUCUUGGUGAUUUGAUUCAGGCAACCAAAGCUGCAUCGGGUAAAUCAAUCAAUGAUCCGACAAUGAAUCACCUUAAGGAAUCUGCUAAAGUGAUGGUAACAAAUGUGACAUCAUUGCUGAAAACAGUAAAAGCAGUCGAGGACGAACACACUCGAGGAAGUAGAGCUUUAGAAUCAACCAUUGAAGUCAUCUCACAAGAAAUAAGGGCUUUGCACUCGAUCGAACAACAUGGAGGUGGUACUGCUACUCCUGAAAUGUUGGUAAGAUGCACAAAACCAAUAACUCAGGCCACAGCCAAAGCGGUAGCUGCUGGAAACAGUUGUAAGCAAGAAGAUAUUAUUGUUGCAGCUAACAUGGGCCGCAAAGCGAUUUCUGAUAUGUUAGCUGUUUGCAAGGGGGCUGCUCAGAGUGCAGAGUCAGUGGAACUGAGAGAGAGAUGCUUGAAGACUGGACAACUAUUAGCAGAUGAAUACAGGGUUCUUUUGCAAUCUGUUCAAACAGUGACUACUAAAGCCGGCUCUGAUAAAACACAGCUCACCAUCAUUUCAAGAAGGAUUGCUCAAUAUGUUACAGAAUUAGUUUCAGUAGCAGAACAACUUAAAGGUUCUGAUUGGGUCGAUCCUGAUGAUCCAACUGUAAUUGCUGAGAAUGAAUUGCUUGGUGCUGCUGCUUCAAUAGAUGCUGCCGCAAAGAAAUUAGCAGGUCUCCGGCCAAGAAGAUCUAUUAGUCAAGAAGGUCCUGAUGAAAAUCUCAACUUUGAUGAAAUGAUUCUUGAAGCAGCAAAAUCUAUUGCUGCAGCGACAUCAGCUCUUGUAAAAUCUGCUUCUGCAGCACAAAGAGAGCUUAUCGAUGCUGGAAAGGUUUCCAGAAGGCCUUUAACCAGUUCUGAUGAUGGUCAGUGGUCAGAAGGUCUUGUUUCUGCAGCAAGGCUUGUCGCAGCAGCCACACAUUCACUUGUAGAAUCUGCCAAUUGCCUUGUAUUAGGUGAAAGUUCUGAAGAAAAGUUAGUGUCGUCUGCCAAGCAGGUGGCGUCUUGGACCGCUCACUUGUUGGUUGCUUGCAAAGUGAAAGCUGAUCCUAAUAGUGAAACUACUAAAAGGCUUCAGGCUGCAGGCAAUGCUGUAAAACGUGCUACAGAUAAUUUGGUUAAAGCUGCUCAACAGGCUAUACAACAAGAAGAAGAAAGAAGUUUAGUCUUAAACAGAAAAAUGGUUGGCGGAAUCGCUCAAGAAAUCAAUGCAAGAUCUGAGGUGCUUAGAAUUGAACGUGAAUUAGAAGAAGCUAGAGGAAGGUUAUCAGCUAUUAGACAAGCAAAGUAUAAAAAGAAGGGAUUGAAUGGACUUGAUAGUAGUGACUCAGAUGCUUACGACACAAGGAUUGAAGAUACAAGUUAUUCUUCCCAGCCUAUGAUGAAUACUAUGAACACUACCAGAGGCAGUGUUGGCACAUUGAACAGCUCGGGGUUGAAAUCCUUCAUGACAACCAGCAGCAGCAACAGCAGCAGCCCUGAAAGGAUGUACGUGAGUCGAACUGAAGCAAGGACUAGAACAUUUUCUCCUAAUACCAAUACUUCAACGUUCCUUACUUCGACACCUAAACCUCCUCCACCUAAGAGGGAAUUUUUUUCUAACAGCUUUACAUCAUCAGAAGUUGUUAAUGGUGGAACGCCUAAUGGUUCCUUAGAACAUCGCAUGUUGCGUACCGUACAACAAUCUUCUAUGACAUCGUCUAGAUCUUAUACUGUACAUGAUAGUUAAGCCAUAGUAUUGCAAUUACUCUCAACCAUUAAUUUUCUAACUUAUAAAAAGAGAUUUUUUUAAUUUUUGCCCUGAUAAUAUUUU